AUGCCACCCAAGACACGACGUCUGAUUCACCAAGUCACUUCCGAUUACAUUUAUGGAGUUCAGGGAAAGGAGCAGCAGAUACUGCUACAGCAACAACCCAAAGUCGAUUUUAUGGAUCUAGUCGAGUCGGAAUAUGACGUUCUGUCCCCUGGAGUCUCCAUGGCUGUUGCCAAUUACACCUUUGAUGGGGAUAGCAGUGUCGAAGAACAAAUGGUCAUUUGUGUGGCUUCCAUGGUAGUCCUGUACCAGCUACCCAAGGAAAUUACUCUGCAAUUGGCAGACCAUCUCCUCAGAUCAUCCUCCACCGGCCACAAUCAAGCCCUGGCAAACUUUCAAUCGGCAUUUCGAAAAGGUGGAUGGGACAUGGUCGUCUUUCCCAAGGGACUGGGAAUGAGGGUCAAACGAGAUGGUCCAAGUCACUUCUUUCCUGCAUCCAAGCUACCCUGGAGGUCCAGAUCCACUCGUAAAGCUGCCGAGGCUGCAGAAAUGGGAAUCUUGGCCGCAUCCAACACCAAGGCACCACCACAAAACAUCAAAACCAAGGAAGAAUUCCUGGUGGAAAUUGAACAGGAAAUGCGUAUAGACAACAACCUGGAAAGCAGAAAACGACAAUUAUCCGAACGGGUGGCCAGUAGGGCAUGGUCCAUGCUCGAAGAUGCCAUGCCUUCGUUCCCAUCUCACCGAUUCGGUGGGGCAUGGAGCAAGGUCAAGCAUGCCGUCAUGGAAUCGUCGUACGCCUUUUCCAAUAAUAGAGCAUGGAAGAAACUAUGCACAACAAUGGAAACUCAGUACAAGAAACUCAAAGGUGCGGGCAGAGCAGGGCUCAUCGCCUACUGCUUUAUGAAUUUUUGUCUCUACACGGUCGGUAUGACCUGGCAGUGGAGGAGAAUGACAUUGGAACCAGCCACGGCAGGAGCUUCUUUGGUGUCACUGACACUGAGAAACUUUGUCAAGGUUUUCAUGACGGUGUACAUGUCAGCAGCAGUCUUCAAGUUGGCCCGAAUCGGCAUAUCGCUCGCUUUGGCGCCGGCGGCUGGUCGUGUACUUCAAUUUACACAGCGAAAGCUCAGGGUAUCAGAAAACACGGCCGUCGCAAUUCUCAUCGCUCUCUUGGUCAAAACAUUCUUGGGGACAUUGGCAAUAGUAUGUCUAGGUGAUUCUGCUCUACGGAAGGCACUGCCUGUUCCAACUCAAGCUACGCAAGCUCUAGAAGCACUAUCAAUAUAG